CAGAGAGCUGUGCGUAAAACACACCCAGAACCCAGCACCAGUGCGUCCUAAAACGGUCUCUCCAUGAGUUUCCAAACCGCCUCAAGGAGCCCCUGAUCAAGGCGGAAAAGCCGACGAGAGGAAGAUGACGAUCCACGCCGAGGGUCUGGUGGCGAUUGUACUUUUUUAUGUCCUGAUUCUGUUCGUGGGGAUCUGGGCUGCGUGGAAGAACAAAAACUCUGGAGUUGGCGAUGGAGGCGAGCGGAGUGAGAGUAUCAUGGUUGGGGGAAGGGACAUCGGGCUGUUUGUUGGUGGAUUCACGAUGACAGCCACCUGGGUGGGAGGGGGCUACAUCAACGGAACAGCAGAGUACGUCUACCUGCCAGAAUACGGCCUGGCCUGGGCACAGGCGCCCUUUGGUUACGCGCUUAGUUUGGUUGUAGGUGGGCUUUUCUUUGCCAAACCCAUGCGAUCACGUGGAUACGUCACCAUGCUGGACCCCUUCCAGCAGCUGUAUGGGAAGAGGAUGGGGGGGCUGCUCUUUAUCCCUGCUCUCAUGGGGGAGAUCUUCUGGUCUGCAGCCAUUCUCUCUGCUUUAGGAGCCACCCUCAGCGUGAUUGUGGACAUUAACAUCAACAUGUCCGUGGUGAUCUCUGCUCUGAUUGCCAUCUUUUACACACUUGUAGGAGGGCUUUAUUCUGUGGCGUACACAGAUGUGGUCCAGCUGUUCUGCAUCUUUGUGGGCUUGUGGAUCAGUGUGCCCUUUGCCCUUUCCAACCCUGCGGUGUCAGACAUCAGCGUUUCAGCCAAGGAACCCAUCCACCAGUCGCCCUGGCUGGGCAAGAUCGAGCCUGAGGACAAGUGGCUGUGGGCAGACAACUUCUUUCUGCUGAUGUUGGGGGGGAUUCCUUGGCAGGUCUAUUUUCAACGGGUUCUUUCUGCCUCUUCAGCUACCUACGCCCAGGUGCUCUCCUUCCUGGCUGCCUUUGGCUGCUUGGUCAUGGCCGUCCCCUCUGUCCUCAUAGGAGCUAUUGGGGCUUCCACGGACUGGAACCGGACUAGUUACGGUUCCCUUGCUCCGAAGGAUAAGGACGAGUCCGACAUGAUCCUCCCCAUAGUGCUCCAGCACCUUUGCCCGCCCUACGUCUCCUUCUUCGGUCUGGGAGCGGUGUCGGCGGCCGUCAUGUCAUCAGCUGACUCAUCCAUCCUGUCAGCCAGCUCCAUGUUUGCCAGGAAUAUCUACCAGCUUGCUUUUCGACAGUCGGCCUCAGACAGUGAGAUUGUUUGGGUCAUGCGCAUCACCAUCUUUAUUUUCGGAGCUUUUGCCACGGCGAUGGCUCUGCUAACUGGAUCGGUGUAUGGUCUGUGGUACUUAAGCUCUGACCUCGUCUACGUCAUCAUCUUCCCCCAACUCCUUAGUGUGUUGUUCAUCAAGGGAACCAACACGUACGGCUCUGUGGCAGGCUACGUCUUUGGGCUUUUGCUACGGAUUGGUGGAGGGGAGCCGUACCUAAAGCUCCCCCCGUUUAUCUACUACCCCGGCUGGGUGACCGUAGAGAAGACCCACCAUCUCACCGGUGAUGUCGAGUACUUCGUCCAGCAACGAUUCCCCUUCAAGUCUGUUUCCAUGGUUGCAUCCUUCUUGGCCAAUGUGGUCUUCUCUUACUUAACAAAGUACCUAUUUGAAAGCGGCUUGCUUUCUCACAAGUACGACUUCUUGGAUGCUGUUGUAUCCAAGCACAGCAAAGAGAUAAUGGACAAGGCAACACUGGUGAGCAACCACGAUAACAUCAUCCUCACAGAGAUGGCUCCUGUCAGACAAGCUCUUGGUGCAUCAGUCGCUGGAACCUUCACCAACGCUGAGAUCCUCAGUGACGACGGCCCCUCCAGUCCCGAGUCAUUCCACAGUGGAAACUAAACAACGGCACAAAGAAACGCAAACAAAGAAUGUGAAGAGAAGGAGGAGUAGUUAAAGAGGUGUCAACCCUCUGGUUACUGCCACACUGUGAGCCAAAUCAGCAGAAAUCUUCUGUGGCUUCCAAGUGACUCCACACCUUUCCUUUGUGAUGGUUCCUCCUUCUUUUCAACUCAUCGUGGAUUCUAAAUCAUCUGUGUGAAGCAAGCCAAACCCCUUUUGUUUUUACGUUUUCUGACCACGACUCUGUGAAGUAGUUUAGUUUAAGUGCUGCUGCUGCUGUGAUCCCAGGAAUGACAGAUAGGAGAGCAUCUAGCGGGAUUUUCUCCAGGCUACCACAAAAGUGCAAUAGAGCUGUUUGUCUAAUUAUUCUACAUGAAUGUUGCAAAUAUUUACGUCUGAAAACAAAGUGGCUCCAAUUAAAUGGGUUGGCAGAAUUUAUACCAGAAGUUUGCAAAUAAAUUGACCAAUAGAGCAAUAAUAGAUUUAAAAGUUCUGUGUUAAGAUGAA